CAUAACUGCCGAAGCUAUGUAUGCCGAGAUACCCUGGUCAGCAAUUAAAUGCGUUGGAAUCGUCAUUCUAGCUCUCCAGGUCUCAUCUCGACAGCACAGUACCUCAAGAGAGGUUCAAGGAGCUCUUCGACUACAGCCAUUCUUUUUCCCAAAUAAGGUUGUCGUCGGAAACACCGUGACCGUCAUGUGCACGACCAUAAGUAGCACAGCUAAUGUCAACUUUCGAUGGCUCAAGAACGGAAAAGAGCUCCUCAAAAGUUCCAAAGUGAAGAUUGUGCACCACUCGCUGUUCAGCACACUGGUCGUAGGCCCGACUACCACUGAGGACAGCGGAAACUAUACUUGCGUGGGAAACAUGGGCCAGCAGGUGGACAGUUACUCCCAGCAGCUCAAUAUCCUAGGUGAUAAAGAAACCAAGGCAGCUGGAAGGAACCAGCUGCAGAUAAAGAACGCAUCAAAGUUGGAUGCAGGAUCGUACGAAUGCACUGCCGACAACGACGUUCGAGAUGCCAUCGCUAAAACCAUUGUAAUCUCCAUUUACGAAAACAUCAAAGUGGUGCCGUUUUAUGUACCGGACAAAGUCAUGCUCGGGGACACGGUGAAAAUUGUGUGUUACACGAGCACCGUACAAGCUCCUCUGUCGUUCAAGUGGAUGAAAGAUGGAAAAGCACUGAGCAGCGACCAGGACGCCCAGAUCAAGACACAGGCCGACCUGUCGACAAUGGUUCUGGGCCCCGUGAAACACUCGCACACGGGUAACUACACCUGCAAGGUCCUCUCACCAGCAUCUAGUGGAUCAUACACUGCUCCCCUCGUGGUAUACGCAUAUGGAGCACUGUUCCGCUAUGAUUACGUAAGUUUCAUACCGCACGUGAUGCCACGACAUUUUGUCAUGACAGGGUCAAGACCGCUGAAAAUUGGGCCAGACGGAAGCCUCCAGCUUCUAAACAUCCAGAAGGAAAACAAAGGGACCUACUCGUGCACUGCAAGCAAUGAUGUUGGGAGCUCACUGGAGAAGACGAUAAGCGUAUCUGUCACCGGUAACGUGUCUUGUGUAAACCUUAACGGAGUACGUUUGCCAUGGAACCAUGAUUCCAAUGCCUGUGAUUGGAACAGCCCGAAGCGUACCGCAGAGUCAGUUCUUCACGGCCACUGUAUUUCAAGACUCAGUCGACAGAUGGCAGGAACACCGCAGCGCGACGAAAACGUCAGCGAGAAACUAAGCAUCCUACGCCGCGUACAUUUUCCACCAAGAGUCAGCAUGGUUUCCGUGCGACUCGGAGCACUGAUGAUAUUUUUCUUGCAACGAUGUUUCCGGUGCGUCUUUUCAGCAGAGCCACCAGAAAUCCAGCCGAUGGUGUUUCCCAAGAAUCUAAAGGAAGGGGCCAAAUUUCGAGCGUUUUGCUCUGUCACUGGAAGUCCGCCCUUUACAUUUAAAUGGAUGAAGAACAACAGAAAGCUUCCUGAAGACGACACGGUGUCAACAGAGAACGCUCAAGACUACAGCAUUCUGGUGAUCGGGAAGCUACGCAAAAGCCACGCAGGAAACUACACAUGUGUCGUCCUAAACAGAGGUGGAGCAACAAGGCAUACUUCUGAACUCAUAGUGAACGCUCCACCAGCGUGGGCGACCGAACCAAGCAGCGGUGUGGUCUUGCUGGGGGACAAGCUGGAAAUCGGAUGUCAAAGCCACGGCUACCCAGAGCCUACAGUAACAUGGGCCAAACACGGUGUCUCACGGGACAGUACAGUCAUUCUUGCUACCCUGAACGGAACUCUGCGGAUUAUGAAUGCCACAAAGUCUGACGGCGGGACAUAUGUGUGUACUGCAGCAAACAGCUACGGAGAACGACUUGAGAAGGAAGUCACCGUCAGAGUGAUCGGUAAUGUACCAAAGAGCACGCGAUUCAAGAACUUCACUCUUUGGCACGCAGUGCUUUGUACUACCUGUCAAAGCAAAAGCAUUGAACUCGUCUCGCAUAUUUUCUUUUUUCCAGAUCCGGAGAACAUCUCGAACGGCGUUAUUUAUGACAUGAAAAUGCACAGUGCCUUAUUAAAUAGCAAACUACUUCGUUUCCAAAGACAGUUCACACAUUAUAAUCUACAUUCAAUUGACUGCUUAAUUUCUCUUUCUAAAGUGCCCGCCCGGUUCGAGGAGAAGUUCAAGGUGCAGACGGUACGGCGCGGAGAAGCAGCGACCUUGCAGUGCCAAGCCAUCGGGGAUUCACCACUGGAGAUUACUUGGUCCCAAGACAAGAAGCGGCUCAUAUUCGCUCCAGUGACAAGGUACGAAAAGUUCGAGUCGAACACGGAGAACGGUGUGACCUCAGAGUUGGCGAUUCCGACGACGGACAGGAGCGAUGCGGCCCUCUACACCUGCGUCGCAAAGAAUGAGUACGGCAGCGACGAGAGGAACAUCAAGCUGCUUGUCGUCGAGGUCCCCGCUCAGCCGUUGGACCUUCGUAUCCUGGAAGUCUGGAGCCGCAAGGUGAACGUCAUUUGGUCGGAGCCGUACAGUGGGAACAGCCCCAUCAGCAGCUACAUCGUACACUACUGGAGAGACAGGGACGGGGCGCAUCGCCUCAUGGAGCAGACCGUGCCGAGCGGCCAGACUUCGGCCAUGAUCAGCGAGCUUCACCCGGGUGCCUCCUAUUCUCUCACCGUGACCGCCGAGAACGAAGUGGGUCAGGGUCCCCCCUCGGACCCGGUCCGCUUCCUCACCGCCGAAGAAGAGCCCGGCGGAUCACCAACCGACGUCUGGGCAGCUGCCAAGGGACCUACUUCUAUCGCCGUUUCGUGGAAGCCUCCUCCUCGAGACACGUGGAACGGUGUGCUCAAGGGCUACUACGUGGGAUACCGGGCGGCCGAGUCCAGCCAGCCCUACUCGUUCAAGACGGUCGAGACGGUGGUCAACGGAUCCCAGGAAGUCACGCUAGUGGGUCUCACAAAGUCCUCGCGGUACAGUGUGAUCGUCAAGGCCUUCAACGCCAUUGGAAGCGGACCGCCCUCUGAAGCCUUGCUCGUCUACACUUUGGAUGGCGAUGUACCAUUCCCUCCCGCGCUGACCCUGAUCUCAAGCACCGACUCUGCCUUCAAGGUUAAGUGGACCCACUCGAAGGCCACCGCUGCUCCCGUAACAGGCUACACGCUGCACUACAAGAAGAACGCAGGCCCCUGGCACCACAUCCCGGUCGUGGCUUCGGGCGACACGAGCUAUACGCUCACAGACCUGGACGGGGGUGCGACAUACAAGGUGUACCUUACCGCGUCCAACCAGUUUGGACGCGGGUCUGGGAGCGAGGCCAUCAUCAUCAACACCACUGAUCAAGGUCAUGACCGGGCUUGGGUCUUCUACAAGGAUCCCUCCCUGCUGGUUCCCGCCGCGUCCUUUCUCAUUGCUGUCCUGGUCGUCAUCACCGUGGUCACCGUCUGCAUCAAAAAGACCAAAGCGCACAAGAACUUCGAAAAAUCCCUGGAAGCAGAGAAGCGCCAGAGCUACGGCGAGGUGACGCAGCAGCAGCAGCGCUACAUCGACGUCACAGAGAAGCGCAACCGCUCCGACUACGCCACCAUCCAGAGCCGGAGGAGCCUCUCCGGCAACUACAAGAUCGAGGAACUGCGCUCGGCGGCACCUAACAGGGGAUACAAUACUACAGACGCCAAGGACAGGCGGCUUCCACCGAAGAUAUCGCCGUUCUCGUUUCCAAACAACGCGACCGUCGGUCAAAGGGGGACGGCGACCUGCACCGCCACGGAAGGGGAUCAGCCGCUCAGCUUCCGCUGGCUGAAGAACGGACGGCGCCUUGACGGCGGGGACGCCACCAUUACAGACAACGCCGACUUCUCCGUGCUCAAGAUACAAUCGCUGGACGUGGACAGCUCCGGGAACUACACGUGCGUCGUGACUAACCUCGUUGGCUCGGUGUCCCAAUCUGCCACGCUCACCGUUCACGCGCCUCCGCGAUGGAUUCAAGAGCCGACGAGCGCCGUCGCGACGUCCGGCGAGACAAUACGGAUUCCGUGCAGAGCCUCGGGCAGCCCACCACCCACGAUCACCUGGACGAAAGCAGGACAGCAAAACCUGGGGGAACGCCGACAGUCCAGCAACGGAACAUUGAUACUGACUACAACAAGCAGCAGUGACAAUGGAAACUACAAAUGCGAGGCCAGCAACGGAAUCGGACAGACUCUUCAAAAGACAGUCACCGUGACAGUCAAGCUGCCGCCCAGGAUUACCCCGUUCAGUUUCGCUACCAAACUAGUUGCCGGCCAAAGGGCAACCGUGACAUGCUCCACUUACGAGGGCGCCCAACCACUAACGUUUGUGUGGCUCAAAGAUGGAUCUGUCAUCUCCAAGGGCGAGAACGUAGAAAAAAGCGAAGGAGAGGCUCACUCGACCCUCAGCAUAAGUCCCCUGUCGCUGCGAAACAGCGGUAACUACACCUGUGUAGUCAGCAACGCAGCAGGCUCAGACUCCGCCUCCAGUUCGCUCAUAGUUUACGGUGGCGCGGCAACCGAGAGUUCCGGAGGCGGCGUCAUCCAGAUUGCGUCAGCCGCCAAGAAGGAUGAAGGCCACUACAAGUGCCACAUCUCGAACGGCAUAGGAGCCGACCUCUACAAAACCGUCACGCUGGCAGUGAAGUCCCCACCAACAUGGAGGGCGGAGCCCGUCGAUAUCCACGUCACGUCUGGUGAAUCUGUGGAGAUUCCGUGCAAGGCUGAAGGAUUUCCUCCACCCACUGCAACAUGGCUGAGGAACGCGGCAGCUCCAAAAAUCCUCCCUUUUGCGUUUCCGCGCGCACUGACCGUCGGAGAAACGACCAGUGUGACAUGCACGACUACCGCCGGUGAUGAGCCAUUCAAGUACCUUUGGCUCAAAGAUGGCUCGGUGGUGCAGCCCGGAGAUAACGUCAAGGUUGUGACAUCCCCCGAGUUUUCGGUGUUUAAGAUCGACAAGCUGACGCUAGAGAACGCCGGUAACUACACCUGCGUGGUAACCAACGCCGGAGGAACAGUGUCCCACGCCAGCACCUUGGAGAUUAGAGUGCCUCCAUCCAUACCGCCUUUUCAAUUCCCGAAGAACCUCGAAGUGCAGCAACGCAUAAGCGUCAUUUGCACAAUAUCAGUCGGAGAAAAGCCGCUGCAAUUCGCCUGGCUCAAGGACGGCUCUGCACUGGCCAGUGGCUCGAGGAACGUCCGCAUUGUAGACAACGCCGAGUCUUCUACAUUGCACAUCGAUCUGCUGACACUGGAAAGUACCGGGAAUUACACCUGCUCGGUGACCAACAAGGCCGGCUACACGUCUUACACGGCUCUACUCGUAGUUCACGAGAAGCCGAAGCUACAACCUCUGGUGUUCCCACGCAGCCGGAUUCGUGUGGGCGAAAGUGCCAGUGCGUUGUGUGCUUUGGUGGCCGGCGACCACGACGUGAAAUUCAGGUGGUUUAAGGAAAACGUCGAGAUAGGUGGUGCCGUGCCUAAUGUGAAAGUGAAGAAUGACAAGAAGGUGUCCGUGCUAACCGUCGAGCCCGCCACCAUCCAAAGUGCCGGCAACUACACCUGCACGGCGGAGAACAAUUAUGGCACCGAUGCCAACUCUGCGACGUUAGUCGUCGAAGCUCCACCCGUGUGGAUAAAUGAACCCGGAGACGUGUCUGCCGUAAGUGGCUCGAACGUCACCGUGCAGUGCACGGCCAGUGGAUCACCGCCUCCAAAAAUAACGUGGACAAGAACCAAAGCGCUCUGCUGUCAGUUCAUCGACAGUCGAAGUUUACAGAGGCUUCUUCUCGAUGCUGUACAAGAUGUUCACAUUUUUACAGAGCCGCCAAAGGUGAAUCCUUUCUCGUUCACCAAGACGCUUUCCGAAGGGCAGAGCACAGCAGUUACAUGUACCGUCACGGAGGGCUCCAAGCCCGUGCAGCUUCAGUGGCUCAAAGACGGACACGAAGUCGUCAGCAGCGGUGCUGUGAAACUGAUCAAGCAUGAAACGAUAGUGGUGCUCUCCAUCGAGCCAGUCAAAGUCGCAGAUUCCGGAAACUACACCUGUGUGGCUCGGAACAAACACGGAUACGACCGCUACACGUCAGCGCUGCAAGUCAAUGCGCCACCCAAAUGGGAUGUGGAACCACAGGAUGUAGUGCUCAAACGGGGAGAGACGUUGGAACUUCACUGCAAAGCUGUGGGCUACCCAGCACCUGAAAUAAGGUGGCUUAAAGAAGGUACAGAGUUGAAGAGGCCUUCAGAGAACAAAGCCCAAGUCCUGCAGAACGGAACGCUGGUCAUCAGCAACGCAACGGGCCAUGACAGCGGCAAAUACUCUUGCCUGGCAUCCAACGGAAUCGGCGCUGCCUUGACGAAAACAGUGUCCUUGCUCGUCAAGAACGCGCCAAAGAUCCAGCCAUUCCAAUUACCGGCCCGUGUGAAAGCCGGUGACAAGGUGAUCGCCACGUGCAAUCUUGCGUCGGGAACACCACCUGUCACCUUUUCAUGGCAUAAGGAUGGCAGCGACGUCACAAGUUUCUCUAAGGAUAUCAGCUAUGGCAGCAACAUUGUGUCCGUCUUGGCUAUUUCUUCGGUGUCGCUGGACUCGCAGGGUAACUACACCUGCACGGCAACAAACACCUACGGCAGCGACUCGCAUACAGUUCAGCUCAAGGUGGACAAUAAAAACUCACUCGAGACGUGGAAGCAGCCUGUCGUCUCCCUCUUUCCGCUCACAGAAGCUCAUCGAGGAAAAUACACGUGCGAUGCAAAUAACGACAUCGGAGGGCGGCUUACCAAAACUAUUUCGGUAUCCGUCAGAGCAGUUGUGAUGGCACGCUAUGAGGUUUCAACCGGCGCAAUGCGGAUGGUAUUUGCGCUUACAAUUUCGGCGCUGAGCGGAGCCGCGUCACAUCAAGAACCGCCAGUCAUUCAGCCAUUGGUGCUCCCCUCCGACGUUGUGACUGGCGUCAGCACCAAACUCUUCUGCAACGUGCAAAGCGGAACGCGGCCGCUGGCGUUUUCUUGGAUUAAAGACGGUGCUCCCGUACGAGAAGCAAUAUCGUCGCAGGACGAUUUCUCGGCAUUGAGCAUAGACCCGGUGACAGCUGCAAGCGCAGGAAAUUACACCUGCGUGGUGAGCAACGCAGCGGGUACAGACCGAUACACAUCAACGCUGGAAGUGAAGCAGCCUCCACAAUGGAUCGACGAACCCCGCGACGUUUCCACUGCCGAAGGUGCCCAGGUGCAGGUUAGGUGCUCUGCGGCGGGGCGCCCACAGCCCGCCGUUACGUGGAGCCGAUGUGUCUCCGGAGGCAAGCGCAGCCUGGUCUGCGGUGACUCCGAGACACCGGUACCCGUCAGGACCAGCAACGGGAGCGUCUCGUUCGCGCCCGUUACGAAAAAGGACGAGGGGAGGUACGCCUGUUUCGUGGACAACGGCGUCGGAAAGCCGCUUAGGAAAGUGAUCCGCGUGGCCGUCAACGUGCCGGCCAAGUUCACCGAGAAGCACAGUGUGGUGACCGCUCGGCGGGGCGAGAACGCGCGGCUGGUGUGCGACGCCCAGGGAGACCAGCCGCUCACCGUCGCCUGGUCCAAGGGCGUCCAGAAAAUCGACCGAGGGGGAAACUCACGGCUGGAGAUAUUCGAGACCAUGACAGACAGCGGCCUACGCUCGGAGCUCUUCAUUUCCAGCACGGAGCGCAGCGACGGCGCAGUCUACACCUGCCGCGCCGAGAACGAGUUCGGCCACGACGAGCGCACCAGCAAGCUAUUGGUCGUCGAGGUCCCCGGUCAGCCACAAGAUGUCAAAGUCUCCGAAACGUGGAGCCGCUCGGCGAGCGUCAGCUGGUCUCCGCCGUACAGCGGCAACAGCCCGGUCGCCAAAUACGUCAUACAGUACUGGAAGGACUCCGGUACAGCGCACAGGCUCCAAGAAGUUGCAGUGCCGGGAUCGCAGACGUCAGCCCUGGUCGGCGACCUGCACCCUGGUUCCACCUAUCACCUGAGCAUCCUUGCCGAAAACUCGGUCGGCGUCGGACUCGCCUCUACGCCUGUCAAGCUGCACACGGGCGAGGAAGAGCCAAGCGCAGCGCCAACUGACUUCCACGUCGAGGCCAGGGGGCCGAGCACCGUGCGUGUUUCCUGGAAGCCUCCUCCGCCGGACGAAUGGAACGGCGAUCUGCUCGGCUACUACAUCGGCUACAAGCCGACGUCGUCGGGCCAGCCAUACUCGUACCGCACCAGCGAGUUCCGGCCGAACGCCAGCCAUGAGUUCUUCCUGACCGGCCUCCAACGUGGGACGGAGUACGCGGUCAUCGUGAAGGCCUACAACGCCGCCGGCUCUGGGGUCGCCUCGCACGAGCUGCACGUCAAGACACUAGACGGGGAUGUGCCGCCGCCUCCGAAGGUGUUCGUCUCCGGCACGACGCAUUCGUCCAUCACUGUCACCUGGCACCAGCAGUUCGCCAGCGGAGUGAGAGGUUAUGUGCUGUACCAUCGGCCAGAAGAGAGCACCCAAGACUGGAAAGAGGUGAACCUUGACUCACGAUCGUCCUCGUACACCGUGUCCGGCCUCGAGUCCGGCGUCCUCUACCAGAUGUACGUCAGCUCCACCAACGAGUACGGCACGGGCGAUCCCAGCGAGAUCAUUACCGUCAGGACGCACAAGGCCGGCGGCGUAAUGCAGUCCCCGAUCUUCGGAGACGCCAGCACCCCGCUCUACCUGAACCUGUUCAUCAUGAUCCCCGUGCUGGCGAGCUUGGUGACCAUCGUGCUCGUGGUCAUCGUGACGUGCGUGUGCCUCCAGCGAAUCAAACGCCGACCUCCGCAACCGCCGCUCCAGCCUCCGCCGGGCACCAUGGAGAGACGGAGCAAGCAAUUCGCCGCCGGCUUCGACGGACAGCCGCAGAUGACAUCGACGAGCGCGCGGCACGCCGAGAAGGCACAGCAGGCGGCUGGCGAGUACACGGGCCUUUCGCAGCGCUACGUGGAGGUGCAGCCACCGCCGCUGCCCGCUGACCACCCGUGCGCGCUGUACCCGGCGCCCUGCGCCACGCUGCCCAUGACCGAAGAGCUCGAGGCGAAGAUGGCCAGGCACAACGUCAACCAGGAGAUGAAGACGUUCCUCGCACAGAACCGGGAGCUACCAACGCUUCCCAUGGGUGCCAAGGCCUGCAUGUCCAUCAAGAAGGACCACAUGUACGAGAGCGCCCAGUGA